UAUCAGAUUUCCUGUGCUUUUCAUGAUAAAUCAUUAUGGUUCAUAGAUUUUUAUAGGAUUAUUCGAUCAGAAGUUCCAUUUAAACAAAUUAAAGCACUCUCUGAACAACAUGCGAUCGGAAUUGAUUAUGAUUAUAUUUUAUGGGAAUAUAUAAAUGGUACUUGGACUUGGAUCAGGAAUAAUGUUAGAACUGCAUCUAUUAAUUAUAAUGGUGAUAUUUUUUACAUUGAUAAUGACAAUUUUAUUUAUAAAAUAAGUAAAAAUUAGUUUGAAAAUUUUUGGUUAUUAUUAUUUUUAUUACCGAUAUUAUUUUGUCAUUAUUAUGUUAUUACAAAAAACAAAAAAUUUUUUAUUAUUGAAAUGCUAGAAUAUCGAAAAGAUCAUCACACAGAGCAGGAUAAAUCUUGUAUUGGAGUAGUCAAAAGACUACCUCCUGAUCCUAACAAACUACAUUCGUGCUACAUACAUCCCUUUACUGAACAUAUAAAAGCAUUUAUUAUUAUUUUGAAUAUUUACGAUGUUAAUAGCUUUAAUAAAACGCAGAACUUUCCGUUUCCUGAUACUACUGGAAUAAUGAAAAUUGAUGUUGGUCAAGGAGAGGACCUUUGGAUUUUAACUGAAAAUUAUGAACUUUAUCAUUGGGAUGGAAUUGAAAGAAAAUUUAUUCGUAAGGCAAAGGAUUAUGGACCCAUCUAUGAUUUUUCUGUGGGACCAGAUGGUUUAGCAGUUAUUGUUUCCAGGAGUCCCAUUAAUAACAACGUAUUUAUUAGAAGUGACAUUGAUUCAUGGGAGUGGAUUUAUGGAUCUGAUGUUCGAGUUCCUAUUAUAAGUAUUUCCAAUUGCGAUUACAAUAAGAUUUUUACUAUAGAAGAUAGAAAGUUAAUUGUAUGUAAUUAUGACAAUGCAUACUCCUGUGAUACACUUAAAUAUGGCAUCUAUAAUCAGAUUUCCUGUGCUUUUAAUGAUAAAUCAUUGUGGUUCAUAGGUUCUGGACAUUAUAUUUAUUUAUAUAUCAAUAAGUAUAUAGAAAUUAUUCGAUCAGAAGUUCCAUUUAAACAAAUCAAAGCGCUCUCUGAACAACAUGUGAUUGGAAUCGAUUAUGAUUCUACCUUAUGGGAAUAUAUUAAUGGUACUUGGACUGGGAUCAGUAAUAAUGUUAAAAGUGCAUCUAUUAAUUAUAACGAUGACAUUUUUUAUGUUGAUAAUGAUAACAUUAUUUAUAAAAUAAGUAAAAAUUAGUUUGAAAGCUUUUGGUAUUAUUAUUUUUAUUACCAACAUUAUUAUGUUAUUUAUAAAAAAUUAUUAUUGCAAAAAUGUUAUAUCGAAAAGAUUGUAGUUUUAAAUGGUAUUCGUGUUACAUAAUCCCUUAACUGAACAUAUAAAAAGUAC